GAGGAGGAGGAGGAGGAGGAGGAUGGGACACUGCUGAUGCUGAUGCGAGAGCUUUCUCUGUCUGUGAUCAACAUCGGUGGAAAGAACCUCGCAUCACGGAUCUACCUGAUCUCAUUUGAACACCUUAGUUUUAUUUUUCUGGAGAAGGAGAGGCGCCGAUCCGGAGAACGACGCCGGAUCUGAGGAGGAAAUAACGGUUUCGACUCGUCACUCUUCUCUUCUCCUGGCCUGUGUCGGCUGACACAGGUGGACAGAGCGGGGAGGGGGAGGUUUAAAAAAGGAAACGAAAGGAAAUGAAGACAUAGCGUUGGAUUAUAAGCUCCAAAAAGGAUAAACUGACCAUUUUCGCUAAUUAGGGCUAAAAUGUUAACCUGUUAGCAGGCUGGUUGGCUAAUUUGUGUAGCUAGUCGGCUAGCAGCCGCCUCGACCAAUGGCCGCGGAGAAGGUAGAUGCUCGAAGGAGGAGUUAGAGCCAGUUGUCCGGCAUAAACACGGCGGCUCCGGGGCUUAACAACCCCAACAGCUGGAGCUCGUUUCGGCUUCGUAUAGCGCUAAUUACCGCUUGAGGUUCAGCCGUUGGUGCUGGUUUCGGCUCGGAGGCGUCAUGUCGGCAGUUUAGCGGCUCGCAGGCCGUGAGGGAAGGAAGCCUGCUGAUGUUGGAUGUUUUCUGGCUCAGCAACCAUGACAGAAAACCAGGCUGUGAGUGAAAACAUGACUUAUGUGCUAAGGUAACGUUUUAAAAGUGUGGAUUUGUUUAUUGUUUUAAUUAAACGGAACUGAUAUUUUGACUCUUGUUCACUGGAAAUUCAAAGUUUCAACCAUUAAAAACAUGGCAGUGAAUUUGAAAAGCUGCUUCCUAACGUUAGACGUUGUGUAGAUGGAGCCUACAGUUGUUUCUGGCCCUUUGGGGCAUGCUCAGUGGGAGCCAGAGCAGCCAUUUCCGCUGGGAUUUCAACCAGUGGAUCCAGACUGUGGAGGUGUUCUGAGUCCCAGCAGUACUGGUCAGAAUGGUUUGGACUUCAGGAAAGGUGACUAUGACGAUGCAACGCCUCAGAAAAGUGUGGAAAAGCCGGUAGCCCUGGAGGACCUCAUCACAGUCUCAGCUUUUUCCUGUGGGGAUCUGCAGCUGGAAGGAAAACAAGCCAGCGCUUAUCUGCAAGGGUUGACUUUAACUGAAAGUUUUGAGGAAAUCAGCGACAGCACUUUGUCGUGGCUCUUCUCUCCAACUCUGACUGAUGUUAUGGGGAAGGAGUUGACUUUGAAAGCAGAUUCCCAUGAGGAAUCCAACACCGUUGCUGAUCAGGGUGACCUAAUAAGCCUCGGCUCUCCUUUUAACAUCUCCAGGAGGAAUUCUGGAGAGCCGUUUCUGCUGGUUGACCUCUCUGGGGUCACCCAGGACUCGCCCAGCGAGUUAAAUGCUCAGAUUGCAGAGGAGCAGGCAGCGCUCCCUCCCUCUCAGACUUUGUCACCUGAAACCGGAGACAAAGGUUUAUUCCCUGAUCAAGUGACUGAUCUGCCUUUAACCAGCAGCUCUGCUGAGAGCUGCCAUUCGCCACCUUUGUUGGAUUUUGACAGCCCUGCUUCUGUUGUACCAAAAAAUGAGGCUCAGUCUGCUGUAAUCGGCCAUGUUCCUUCAGAGGAAAGGAGUGAAAACAAUGAAGACUCUGUGGAUUUGAUGGAAGACCGAAGUAGUUUCACUGCUAAAACACGAUCAAACCAGGAGGAAAUGGCUCUGGAUCUGUGUUUGACUGCUGAGGACGUUCAUGAUGGUGGUGGUGGUGGUUCAGAGGAGAGGCAGCAUCAGGUGGCGUCUUUUGAUUUAAACCUUCCUCCUCCUCCGGCGGCAGCGGGAAACGCCCAACAAGACGACGUGUCUUCUCUGAAAGCGGUGUUUGACGCCUUGGACCAAGACGGCGAUGGGUUCGUCCGCGUCGAGGAGUUUUUGGAGUUUGCGGCGGCCUAUGGGGCAGAUCAGGUGAAGGACCUGACCAAGUUUUUGGACCCCAGCGGUCUCGGCGUCAUCAGUUUUGAAGAUUUCCACAGAGGAAUCUCUGCGAUCAGUAAUGGAGCAGGUCCAGAACCGCAGCUCUACAGCUACAACCCGGGGGACGGCGCCGGAGGCUGCCCAGAGGAUUACGACGAGCAGAAUGAGGUGACGGACAGCGCCUACCUGGGCUCAGAGAGCACCUACAGCGAGUGUGAGACGUUCACAGACGAGGACACGGCGGCGCUGGUUCCCCCAGAGAUGCACGAGGACGUGGAGACGGACAGCGGCAUCGAAGCCACGCUGCACGACCCCGACGAUGGGGGAAGCAGGUUCUCCCUGAACUCGGAGCUCCACAGCCACUCCCUGGUGACGGUCAUCAGCGGAGAGGAGGAGCACUUCGAAGACUUUGGGGAGAGCAACACGUCGGACCUGCUGCUGGAGAGCAGCGUGGACGGCUCCAUGGGGAAGGGCGACGCCACGCUCGACACGCCGCCCGAGCAGAUCAACGGCUCCUCAGUCAUUUCCCCCAGCGCCGGGAAGCGGCUUUCCAGCAAGAAGGUGGCGAGGCAUCUGUUGCAGAACAGCUCCAUGACUCUGGACACCAUGAGCGACCUGACGCGGGACAUCCUGGAGCUCGCCGACAACGACAUCACAGACAAGGUGCUGCUCCUGGAGCGGCGCGUGGCCGAGCUGGAGAAGGAGUCGGAGGCGUCGGGCGAGCAGCACGGCCGGCUGCGGCAGGAGAACCUGCAGCUGGUGCACCGGGCCAACGCGCUGGAGGAGCAGCUGAAGGAGCAGGAGCUGCAGGCCGAGGAGCAGCUGCAGCAGGAGAACCGCCGCCACAAGGAGGCGCUGUGCAAGCUGGAGAGGGAGAAGGGGCUGGAGCUGGAGAACGCCCAGGCCCGGCUGCAGCAGCUGGACGAUGAGAACAGCGAGCUGCGGUCCUGCGUUCCCUGUCUCAGAGCCAACAUCGAGCGACUAGAGGAGGAGAAGCAGAAGCUCCAAGACGAGGUGGAAACUCAGACCGACAGGCUGAACGAGGAGACGGAGUCCCGCAGGAAGAUGGCCGACAAGCUGAGUCACGAGCGCCAUCAGAACCAGAAGGAGAAGGAGAGCACCCAGGAGCUGAUCGAAGACCUGCGGAAGCAGCUGGAGCAUCUUCAGCUCUACAAGCUGGAGGCCGAGGCCAAGCGAGGCCGAACCCCCGGCGCCGGGCUGCAGGAGUACCAGACCCGGACCCGGGAGGCCGAGCUGGAGCAGGAGAUCAAACGACUCAAACAGGACAACCGAACUCUGAAAGAGCAGAACGACGAGUUGAACGGACAGAUCAUCAACCUGAGCAUCCAGGGAGCCAAGAACCUGAUGUCGGCCUCCUUCUCAGACUCCCUGGCAGCCGAGAUCAGCUCCGUGUCUCGGGCUGAACUAAUGGAGGCCGUUCACAAACAGGAGGAGAUCAACUACCGACUCCAGGAUUACAUCGAUAAGAUCAUCGUGGCCAUCAUGGAGUCCAACCCCUCCAUCCUGGAGGUCAAAUAGGCCUCAGGCUCCACAGGCUGUGAACUUAUUUAUAACAAACACCUGGCACCAGGAAAACGAGGGAGAGGAUGUAAAAAUUUAUUUAUUGGACCUUCUUACAACACUCAAGUCUCCAGACUGGCUUAGAAAAGAAUGACGAUAAAUUUCUACAAAGUCCAAGGCUGUCAGGAAAAAAUAAGCUUGUUUUUGUUUCUUUUCGGUUUGUGUGAAUGUGUGCGUUAGCCUCCCGAGCGCCGUUGGGUUCUGGUGACGUCCAUGUAUUUGGCUGGAGGAACCCGAGCCCCCUGGUGGCUGAAUGUGGAAAUGCAAGUGUAGAUUAGCUCCUCCUUUAUUCCAAUCAGCUUCUAAUCGACCUAAAACCGACCCGCUAGUUCUACCAAAACGCCUUAAAGGAAGGUUGAUCAAAGUAUUUCAUUCUGCUGAGCGCACCAUAAGCGACUCGGUCCGACCCGAGGAAACCCGACCCAGGCUGAGUCGUGUUUUCACGAUCCGCAUGAAGCGCAGGUCAGGGGUCAACGACGGUUCGUCUCUUAAACUCAACCCGAUGAGGGAGGUUUCUCCUGAUCAGAAACUCCAACAGGGUUUCGUUGUGUGUGUGUGUGUGUGUGUGUGUGUGUGUGUGUGUGUGUGUGUGUGUGAGACGUUCCCUUGCUUUUUCUGUUUGUGUGAACCAAAAUGGCGACACUAAAUGCGGUAAAAAGCAUAAAACAAUCAUUCCUGUAGGGGAGAAAACUAACAAGAUGAAAGAAGUGAUUUAUUGUUUGGUUUAUGUUUACAAUGAAACAGGGUCCUGGACGUCAGGCGGGCUGGAACAGCACUACACACAUUUAAAGGGCCAGCUGGGGAAAAUGAGCUCUUCUCACCUACAGUAAACGUCUCUGUCUGCGGCGGUUCAGGAUUAAUCCAGAGAACUCGGCCCCACAAACUAAUGCCAAUGAGUUAGCCAUUAGCCGUAAACCUCCAAAAACACCAGUUUGGUUUAGGUGAAUCUUAUUAACCUUUAAACAGUAAUUUACAGAGAGAUCAUUGGAGGCGGUGCGCCACUAAAAGUCUUCCUGUGUGAAACGCCUACAAAGAAUGAAAAAACUGAAGCAUUUAUAGUCGGGACCGUAGUUUGUUUUUGUUUUUUAAAGCAAUGCAAGAAGCUAAACAUUUAUAUAAAUUGAUUUGUUUGUGUGUCUGGUACUUGUUAUGAUGAGUGUUUCACACAGGAAGAUUAUUGGAGGCACACCAACUCUUUAGUUCCCCAUCUAAAAACUCAGCAGUUUUUGUUUAAAAAGAAAAAGACAGCUUGACUCACACAGUGUAACAGUUAGCUUGAGGCUGGAGCUAGCUCUGGAUUUACUCUGAUUUAGGACUCCAAGUGAGCAUGACACUGUAGGGUAAGAUAUUGACGGCUCACAGCCCUUCAACAGAACCUCAGUUCAGUAAUUCUGCGCUGUCCCUUUAAGUGAAUCCCGACCAACCCAGUUUCCCAGUACAGCCCGCCUGAUCCCAGCGUCGUCUUGCUGAGUGAAGCAGGAAAGUUCAACGUGUUUUUACUGCAACUAUAAAAUGCCGGCAUUUUGACAAGUUGUAUGUGAAGAAUUUAGCGGUUGUGUUUUGCACUAUGAUUUGUUUUUGUUUUUGGAAGUAGGAUGAAAUGCUAUGAAAUGAUUAUUUGUAGGAAUCUGUUGAGGGAAAAGUAUCACACUACGACGCCAUGUUGAGUCGAACAUAUCCGAUGAUUCUGCAGAGUUUCUUUAAAUGCAACUGUGAGCAUCAAGCUUGGAGACUUCAGACAUUUUUGUAGCAAUAAUGCAGGAUAAGAAGUUAAUGGAGGGCAGUUCUUCUUUUCUUCUGCUGGGUGAAGACAUCAUGCACCAUGAACUGAUCCUGGACUCUUAAAGCCGACCUGGAUGUGGAUUUAUAUCAUGACCUUUGACACCAGUACGUCUGAUUUCCUCGUUUUUUCACUCUGUUCGCCUCUUUCUCAAUUCUCUUCACUCGCCACUCCAUGAAGGAAAAGACAAAAAAAACAAACAACAACAAUGGCCUUGGAUGUAAAUGUCUUGUAAAGUUUUUUUCUACACUCAUUCUAGAUUCUAGGUAUUUUUCUAGUGGCAGCAGAGGAAGGGAAGGUCGCCUGUGCUCUGUAGCAUGUAGCGUGUACAGUUCCUGUCGGGGUUCUUCGUCUCACGCCGGUAUUUAUUCAACGGCUCACACUGACCUGUUCUGCUGAAACAAAUAUGUUUGUGCUUUAUUGAAUUCACAUUUAUUGACACUGAUCAACGCGGCGGGAGAGUUUAUUAGCGAGGUAAGAGUUAGCUAAGCUGCACAAGAUGGCCGCCUGAGGUCGGCGCGCUCUUCCGUGAAAAGGCGAAGUUUUUCCUGUUGUCUUCCCGGAGGGAGUCGGGUCCUGCAUGGAUGCACAGAGUUCUUGUUGUACAUCUCUGAUCACUAAGAUGACAUUUUAAAACCUCCUGGCUUUCACAAGGGUGAAAAAAGGUUUAAAGUUUAAUAAUUUCUGAUUUCUUUAAGUGAAAAUACGACGUAGAUGCAUCUAGGUGUUUUAUUAUGCCUGUAUUUUUUUAAUUUUGUAGAUUAGAUUUGCACUUUGACCUGAUCCAUCGUCUUAUUUCCUGGUUUUAAAAUGACCAAAGACUGAUUCUGUUCUGAAUUUUUCUGAAAGAAACUGACCUGGUAGCAGAGCCGGUCCAAAAGAAUCUACGGCCUUUGACAGAACUUGAUUUUGGGCCCCCAAACUACCAUCACAGCUAAACAAUAUAUAUAAAUUAAAGCAGUUUUUUCUAAGAUGUUAGCCUAUAAAACCAAAAAUUUACUCUGUUUUCUCGUCUGUCGCCUCUAAGGCGCCAAGUUGCUGCUCAGUUUGCUUCUACCUUGGUCUGGCUCUGCCUGUAGUCUAAACACUGUCUCUCUCUCUCUAAACCUGAAGAUGAGCCCUGGAUAAAGUCAGUUGGUUUUAAAUUAUGCGAUAUACAUCGGAGCUGUAAAUAUAAACGUUUUUGCAGACUUCUUUCCGGUUUCCUUCAAAUGCAUCUGAAGCUUUGCAAAAGGCGUCUCCAUCAGAGUCGUGCUCAGCUUGUGUGACGGAGAAGGACGGGAAGCAAAUACUGUAGAAAAGAGAAUCUGUAAGAAGUAAAUUUAUUCCUAUUUUCAAAGAUAAAUGUAUAAAUUAAUGUAUAAAUUAUAACAGUAUUGGGUACAGCUGUAUAAUAUUUUUGGAGCUCCUACAAAUGAUUUACUCCUAAUUGUUACGGGGGAAAUAUGUCAUUUAUUGUAAGAAGAGAAUUUAAAGGUAAAAAGUGGAAGUAAGAAUAGAAUAAAUAAAUGGAAUAAAAGAAA